ACCCUUUCACCUCCCGGCAGUUGGCUAACGUGGACUGGAGACCCGCUGGCCCGCAGUGGAGUCGGGGUGUGCCGCCCAGGGGAGCUGGGCGCGCGGAACUGCGAAGGUGUGCUUCGCCGCGCAGCUCAUCUUUCCCAGAAGGAGCUAUGGGGCGCGCGGGCGCCGGGGAGCGGGCGCCUGUGUAGUACGCACGGUUCCUGGCCCGGGAGCGCGGCGGUGGCGUGCGCUUGGGAGGCCUUUGAAGGCCGCGGUCCGGAGUGCCCACCCUCUGGCGACAUGGCCCCCAUGGGCAUCCGCCUGUCCCCCCUGGGGGUGGCCGUGUUCUGCCUGCUGGGGCUUGGCGUCCUUUACCACCUCUAUUCGGGCUUCCUAGCCGGUCGCUUCAGUCUCUUCGGCCUGGGCAGCGAGCCUGGCGGUGCCGCGGCGGCACCCGUGGCCGUGGCCGACGGUGGCACCGUGGACCUGCGCGAGAUGCUGGCCGUGUCCGUGCUGGCUGCCGUCCGCGGUGGCGACGAAGUGAGGCGCGUCCGCGAAAGCAACGUCCUCGAGGAGAAGUCCAAGGGGAAGACGCGCGAGGGAGCCGACGACAAGAUGACCAGCGGGGACGUACUGUCCAACCGCAAGAUGUACUACUUACUCAAGACCGCCUUCCCUAACGUGCAGAUAAAUACGGAGGAACAUGUGGAUGCAACUGAUCAGGAAGUUAUCUUAUGGGAUCAUAAAAUUCCUGAGGACAUCCUGAAGGAAAUAGCCACCCCUAAAGAGGUACCAGCAGAAAGUGUUACUGUCUGGAUCGACCCACUUGAUGCUACACAGGAGUAUACAGAGGAUCUUCGAAAGUAUGUCACUACUAUGGUUUGUGUGGCUGUAAAUGGUAAACCUGUCCUAGGAGUAAUACAUAAGCCAUUUUCUGAAUAUACAGCUUGGGCAAUGGUAGAUGGUGGGUCAAAUGUGAAAGCCCGCACUGCCUACAAUGAGAAGACCCCACGGAUCGUUGUGUCUCGCUCCCAUUCAGGAAUGGUCAAACAGGUUGCUCUUCAGACUUUUGGAAACCAGACAACAAUUAUCCCGGCUGGUGGUGCUGGUUAUAAAGUUUUAGCGCUCUUGGAUGUGCCUGAUAAGAGUCAAGAAAAAGCCGAUCUAUAUAUUCAUGUGACAUACAUCAAAAAGUGGGAUAUAUGUGCUGGCAAUGCCAUCUUAAAAGCCCUUGGGGGGCAUAUGACUACCCUGAGUGGUGAAGAAAUCAGUUAUACUGGUUCUGACGGCAUCGAAGGAGGGCUCCUGGCUAGCAUCAGAAUGAACCACCAAGCUCUAGUCAGAAAACUCCCAGAUCUAGAGAAGACAGGACAUUAAUAAGCAACGUUGAUUA